AUGUCGGAAAACGGCGACGUUUCAUCCAGGAAACCGGCGUCCAGACUCCGGUGGGACGUGUUUCUGAACUUCAGAGGUGAAGACACUCGCGAUACUUUCACUGACCAGCUCUACAAAGCGCUAUAUCGAAAAGACGUCCGAGUCUUCCGCGACAACGACGGGUUGAAACAGGGCGACUCGCUCACUCCAACGCUUCUCAACGCGAUCGAAGACUCGGCGGCUUCGAUCGCCAUCAUCUCCCCCAGCUACGCUUCCUCCAGGUGGUGCCUCGAAGAACUCGCUACGAUCUGCGAGUUUAAACGACUCGUUCUUCCCGUUUUCUACCGAGUCGACCCGAGCGAUGUUCGGAGACAGAAAGGACCGUUCGAAGAGGAUUUUCAAACACUGGAGAGAAGGUUUGGAGUGGAAAAGGUGUUGAGAUGGAGAAAUGCUAUGGCAGAAGUCGGUGGAAUUUCCGGUUGGGUUUUCCGCACCGGCUGUGACGAGCCUCAGUUGAUUGAACAAUUGGUGAAAAGGGUUUUGGUUGAAUUGAGCAAUACUCCCGUAGUUGUGGCUCCAUUUACUGUUGGACUCAAUUUUCGUAUACAGGAACUUAUGCAAUUGUUAGAUGUUAAACGCAAUGGCAUCCAAGUGUUGGGGUUUCAUGGAAUGGGCGGGAUUGGUAAGACAACCCUUGCCAAGGCUCUCUACAAUAAACUUGUUAGUCACUUUGAA